AUGCCCAAGACCCAUUGUCCAGCCACCUCAUUCGAGGCUCAAAAACAAACUAGCCAGAUUCCACGUCGUUCACUCUCACUAGAUCCGCCAUCUUUAAUAUUGGCAAUGACCAUCACCUCCAUCGUCGUCUCUCGCUCAUUUAAACCCGCAUCAAAGCCACCUUUCAUUGGUUUCUCCAAUACCCACAUCCAAUCUUCAAUCAAAAGAGCACCCCAACUUCUCUUUGCUAAAGUUGACAAGACCCUUAAACCAAAGAUUGAGUUUUUUAAAAAUCUGGGUAUUGUUGGUCUGGAGCUAGCUCACCUCAUUUCUAAAAGUUAUGUGAUUUUGAAAGCUAGUUUGGAGAGAAGGAUUGUUCAUUGCAUUGAAAUUUUGAAAGAAGUUUUGGUCAAUGAUGGAGAUGAUAAGGGUUUAGUUAAGGUUUUAUUGAGAUGCAAUCGGAUUAUGGGUAAAGAUCCCAAAUCAUUCUUGUUAUCUAACAUAGCUUUGUUUGAGAGUUAUGGGAUUGUUGGGUCUCAGCUUGCAACAUUGUUGAGGGGAUAUCCGAGGCUUUUUAUUAUGCAAGAAUCAGUGCUUAGAGACCUUCUCUUGAAGCAUGGAAGAAAGAAUUAUUCCUCGAUACCGGAUUGGGAUCUUUUGAAAUCAAACAAACUAUUGAGGAGAGAUCGGAGUUUUCUUAAUGUGUUGUAUUUGUCUGAGAAGGUGUUCCUGGAGAGGUAUGUAUCAAGGUUUAGAGAUGAUGCAGAAGAAUUAUUAGUUGUUUACAAGGGUCACAUUUUGGAUCCUUCCAUCUAA